AUGGAAGACCUACUUGGGUUUGCCAGCUUUGGCAAGCGAAAGCGAAGCAGCGCAUCGAGAAAACAACACACCAAAGCUGCCAAGAUCGAAUACGUCCCAGAGCCCAUCGAGGUUCUGUGUGGAAAAUCCAUGCCGUGCUUGAGCCACGAUACCCUGGGAACAGUUCUGGACUCAACGGCAGCUGAGCCUCCGGCGCUGCUCCUCCUUGAGCUCGCCGAGGCGUUGAAAUCCCUUCUCAGCGCCAAGCAAAAUCUCCACGACAAACGUCUAUCCCCAGCGGAAUACCGUGUGGCGCGUGCCCUGGCGAAUCCGUGGGAAUCGUUGGGGAAGUGGAAAUUCGUCAAUCGGUCGGCGAUGAAAAUGGCCGAGCUCGACGCGCGGCUGAACUUGACGAGAGAGUUCAUUGCGGAUGGCCAUUUGUCCUUUGUCGACUUAUGUGGCGCCCCUGGAGGCUUUUCAGAGUACCUGGCCUUCCGUGCCAACUACCGCGAAGUCCGUGGCCACGGGAUCUCGCUUCGAGUGCCGGGAAUGUCCCACUUGAACUGGCAGCUUCCGCCGGCGGUGCAAGACGUUGUUUCCGUAUUGUACGGCGCCGAUGGCACGGGGGACUUGUACAAACAAGAAAACAUCGAGCACUUUGUCCACUCGGUCCUCGAGACCCAUUCAAGUGGCGUCAACUUGGUCGUGGCAGACGGAGGCUUCCAGGACGCGAGGAACCACGAAAACCAAGUACAGCCUUCGCUCACAGCUCGUUGGCCUCAUGGCACAGUGAGUAGGAGCAGGUCAUGCAUCGAUUGGUGUUGUGCGAGGUGUUGGUCAUGUGCCGCGUGCUUCGGAGCGGCGGCCAUUUCGUUUGCAAAACAUUUGAACUGUCGUCGACGUUCUCGCUCGGGCUCCUCUGGGUCCUCCACCACCUCUUUGACGAGCUCAUGAUUGUAAAGCCCGUGGUACAUCCGCCAUCUAAAUCGACCAUUGCAUCGACGAUCUCGGGUAGACCAGUCGGCCAGCGAGCUCGGAGCGGUACGUCGUUGGAAGGGGGUGGCGGUUGUUCCAGCCCCAUCAAGUCAUUUCGCACUUCUCCGCCCUGCAUGCUGCAUUCGACUCGAGUCCUCCAGGAGCGGUGGUCAAGUCGGCUGAGCUGACCAAAGCCCGCGCCUUCCUCAACUUCGUUCAACGGUCGGGGAUUGUGUACGAAGGCCGCGCAUCGCUCGCCAGGUUCCUCAUAUCGCUUGUGCGUGUUGUGUAGCGUCGCCGCCAACCAAGUUGACGCAAUCGCGCGCAUAUUGGCCUUUACAAACGACAUGGCCAGGUGGGUUGGUUCGACUCUCAGUCACUGAUGCCAACGACUCAUGGCAGCCUCGAUGCCUUGCAGGGACGUAGUCAAGCGCGUCGAGAUGCGCGACGUCUUGACCCAGUGGGGGUUACGCCCUUGAAAUAGAU